GAAAGAGCGUGUUCCAACGUGGAUGAACGUAAAUCAAAAUGCAACCCGCAAAUUCAAGAUUUGAAUCGGCUCGUAAAAAGUUAUUUGAGCUUAGUGAAGAGAUAAAAAAGAUUGAUGCAGUCAUCUUCGAAAAAGGAGCUAUUCUUUUAGAGAAUAAUACAUCCAUUUUUGACGUCCUCAUCGAUACUGAAGGCUACCCCCGCGAUGAUUUGGACAUUCCAGCUGUGCGAAAAGCCCGCCAUACUAUCAUAUGCCUGCAAAAUGAUCGAGUUGUGCUCAUGAAGGAAAUCCAAAAAGAGAUGAAUAAGCUUCAUGAAAAUGAGCGUCAAGCCGUACUGAGUGCGCCCACUUUUGAUCCUUCCCAAGAUAUAUCGGACGGGAUACAAUCAAUGGCUUUGAAUGACGAAUGUAUUUUUGGACCGGAUGCUACUAAGGGAUUUGCCAUUGUGGAGAAGGUCCAGCCAGGCCAUCUGGGUCAUAAAAUUGGAUUAAAGCCUGGUGACCGGAUUAUCCAAAUGGGUACAAUAUGUCGUCGUAAUUUCAAAUCGGUGAAGCAAAUUAACAGUUUGAUCAAGAAUUCUGUUGGGAAAAUAAUUCCAAUGGUUAUUCGUUCACCCGGUAACAAUAAUCCCAGAACAAUUGAUCUUCAUGUGACAAAUGCACAUGAUCGUAUGGGAGUUUUAUAUUUGGUUGUAUAAUGCGCAAGCACAGCUCUUGCUUGCCAUAAACUUUUUUUCAUAUUGUAUCGAUUCUCAUUUACUUUGCUUUGGGUUGGCUGUUCAAUAAAACCCUGUAAUAAAACCCGUUCACGAGAAAGGCUCUCUUUUUAAUCUAUAAUUCACGUAGCUUAAUCAGUGAGAUUUUUAAUAUGAGGAAUAGUUUUGACCGUUUUUCAUCUUUUCGUUCUUUCGAGUGAAAAUCUCAAUUUAAUUUUUUUCAACAUCAUUUGUUAUAGGGUUUUUUAAUCCGCAAUCAAA